UCCUUUACCCCGUAACCGUGGGGCAGUGGGCGGUCAGCAAGUCCCCCCGUCGCAAAAGACUGGGGACGCCCCUGAAGUUCGCCUUCAUGCUCCAGAUUUUCUGCUUUCUCCCCUCCCCCUGCCUGCAACGCCCCCGCGCCUCGCCUGCCCCGGGAUUUGCCGGCGCCUGGCUGGCCCUUUACUCCAGCCCUGGGUAAAUCAGCCCGGAACUCGCCAGGCUCCGAGGCGCGGAGGGAGGCGUGGCGGCCCCGGCGAGGGUCUCGCCUGACUCCCGGAGUCUCGGCGGCGCAGCAGCUCCUGUCACUGCGGCGAGGGUCGGGCUCACGGCCGCGCGCCCCGCCGCCGCCACCGCCUCCAUGCUGCAGCGCGGGGCGCAGUUCCUCCCGGCCCGGCGGCUGCAGUCGUCCAAACACGCCGGCUCGGCAAGCCCGGAAGCCGGGCCCGCCCGGGCCACAACCACAGCGCGGGAGUCGGGCCGCCAGCCUCUCGCCUGAGCCGCGGACUCGCCCGGAAGCCGCGGGCAGCGGGCGGGGCACUGUGCAGUGGCGCGUAGGAAGACUGCCGCGGUGUGCAGAGCGGUCCGAACUGAGGACUCUGUGUGCGUGCGCGCGGGGGUGCGUGUGUUUGCGCCUGUUUUUCGUUCUUCUCUCACGGAUGGCAAUGGCUUGCAGCUGGCUGCUCCCUUAGGAUUCUAGAGUUUGUGGAGCUCUAGGUUGUGAGCACAAACCACCCAUAUAAUCCAUUUUGCACGGGCGGUUUAUAUCAGGAGAAAAAAAGCGCAACUGGACGGGGGUGGGGCAGACCAAGGAAACCUUCUGGAAAUACAAAUACGCACGCACAACACUCAUAAGAGAGAGGAAGAAUGAAAGACCUGGUAAGAUGUCUGUAACCUUCCUGCUGGCCCUUCCAUUUUUCCGGAAAGAUUCUGGAUCGUUUCUACCUUUUGAAGUCAUCUUGGCAUCUAUUUUUUUGUAAGCUCUCUCCAGCUUAGUAGCGUGCGUGAGGGCGUGUGUGUAUGUGUGCGCGCGCUUAUCUGAUGCAUUUGACUGUCUUUUGUACAACUGCCCAGAAGCAAAUGUGUUAACUCGGCGGUCCCCCUCGAUGCCUGGCUUCUCGCAGAGCGCGGAGGACGCCCAGACCCAUUUUCCAGUCUGGAUUCGGAAGGGCUGCUCAGCUUUGGACCCUUGUGUGUGGAUCGCUUUACCCAGAGGCUUGGAAAGCGCCAGUAUUAACCUGCUUACAGGUACAUCACAAGGUCACCAGAGGGUCUUGCAGCCGUCUUGUUUCUGUGCAUCUAGACCUUCCUGUCUUGGCCCGAAGGAUAUUUACGUUUCAGUCGACAUAAUUUGAAGCCAAAAGUUCAGCCUGUCGAGCUGGUUUCUGCACAAUCAAGGUAAAAAGAAUUGCCUUUCAAACUGCUUAACAAAAUCCCCGACUCUUCGACUCUUCCUUGCUGGUUCCUGGCUCUUUUGCCUCCCCACCAAAAUGUCACCAGCUCUUGAAUUACGUGGAUUUGGGUUGGAGGAGAACUUGAAGGAAACGUGAUAGAACCGCUAUGCUAGACCACUCUCUUUGCUGCCCGUGGUCCUGUGGGCAUCGAAGCCGAUCGUGAGAAGGACCAGUCACCUCCUUGCUUUUCCUUCCCCGUGCUGUACUGGGUGUGUGUGUGUGUGUGUGUGCAAGUGUGAAUGCGAGUGCGCGCGCGCCUGUCUGCGAGUGUGUGUGUGUGUUUGAGUGUGUUUCUGUGUGUGCGUGCGCGGCCGCCCUACCUCUGCCCGAUUCCUGGGUGCAGAAACGCGGGUUUCAUGGGGCGAUCGCCGCGGAUCCCCCGCCCAGCGCGACCUGCGGGCAACGGCGGCAGUGGCAGGAGCCGCCUCUCGGACUCCCUAGGAUGCGGGUGCUGAGCUAUGGCAAAGGGCAGCGAAGUGACGAGCGAGACCCACGUACGACUGUGAAAGCCACCUGGAAACACCUUGCCGGGAUUGUACCUGCGGGCAGAAAGUCUUCCUGCGCCCAUCUUUCCUCUAGAGGCACCAGGUGAUGAAAUGCUGCUGGUAUGAAGACCACAGAGCAGUGAGGAGCUGGAACUCAGUUGUAUGAUACAAGUAGAGCAAGAGUCUUGCUAAAGAGUCCCUGUAACCAUUCUGCCAGGUGUUGGGAAGAUAUGUAGUAGCUGAGCACCUUACUUCUGUCACCAUCCUCAGAAUCAACUUUGGAGAUGCUUUCACCCUGUCCGUCUUCUGCAGCAGCCAGGCCGAGUGCUGACUCCUUCUCAACAGUGAGGAACUCUUCAGACUCCAGAAGUAGCCUGCCUGUUUCCUCUUCGUGUGUUUGGCCUGGCUCUUAAAACUGAUCUACAAUGGAAAAAUUUCUUUUUUAUCUGUUUUUCAUUGGCAUAGCAGUGAAAGCUCAGAUCUGUCCAAAGCGUUGUGUCUGUCAGAUUUUGUCUCCUAAUCUUGCAACCCUUUGUGCCAAGAAAGGGCUUUUGUUUGUGCCACCAAACAUUGACAGAAGAACUGUGGAACUGCGUUUGGCAGACAAUUUUGUUACAAAUAUUAAAAGGAAAGAUUUUGCCAAUAUGACCAGCUUGGUGGACCUGACUCUAUCCAGGAAUACAAUAAGUUUUAUUACACCUCAUGCUUUUGCUGACUUACGGAAUCUGAGGGCAUUGCAUUUGAAUAGCAACAGAUUGACUAAAAUUACAAAUGAUAUGUUCAGUGGGCUUUCCAAUCUCCAUCAUUUGAUACUGAACAACAAUCAGCUGACUUUAAUUUCUUCUACAGCAUUUGAUGAUGUCUUUGCCCUCGAGGAGCUGGAUCUGUCCUAUAAUAAUUUAGAAACAAUACCAUGGGAUGCUGUUGAGAAGAUGGUUAGCUUGCACACCCUCAGUUUGGAUCACAAUAUGAUUGAUAACAUUCCUAAGGGGACUUUCUCCCACUUGCACAAGAUGACUCGGCUAGAUGUAACAUCAAAUAAAUUACAGAAGCUACCACCUGACCCUCUCUUUCAGCGAGCUCAGGUCCUAGCAACCUCAGGAAUCAUAAGCCCAUCUACUUUUGCAUUAAGUUUUGGUGGAAACCCUUUGCAUUGCAACUGUGAAUUGCUGUGGUUGAGGCGUCUGUCCAGAGAAGAUGACCUGGAGACCUGUGCUUCCCCAGCACUUUUAACUGGCCGCUAUUUUUGGUCAAUUCCUGAGGAAGAGUUUUUGUGUGAGCCUCCUCUCAUUACUCGUCAUACACAUGAGAUGAGAGUCCUGGAGGGUCAGAGGGCAACCCUGAGGUGCAAAGCCAGGGGAGACCCCGAACCUGCAAUUCACUGGAUUUCUCCUGAAGGGAAGCUUAUUUCAAAUGCAACAAGAUCUCUGGUGUAUGAUAAUGGAACACUUGACAUUCUUAUAACAACUAUUAAGGAUACAGGAGCUUUUACCUGCAUUGCUUCCAACCCUGCUGGGGAAGCAACACAAAUGGUGGAUCUUCAUAUAAUUAAGCUCCCUCACUUACUAAACAGUACGAACCAUAUCCAUGAGCCUGAUCCUGGUUCUUCAGAUAUCUCAACUUCUACUAAGUCAGGUUCUAAUGCAAGCACUAGUAAUGGUGAUACUAAAAUCAGUCAAGAUAAAAUUGUGGUGGCAGAAGCAACAUCAUCUACGGCACUGCUUAAAUUUAAUUUUCAAAGAAAUAUCCCGGGAAUACGUAUGUUUCAAAUCCAGUACAAUGGUACUUAUGAUGACACCCUUGUUUACAGAAUGAUACCUCCUACGAGCAAAACUUUUCUUGUCAAUAACCUGGCUGCUGGAACUAUGUAUGACUUAUGUGUCUUGGCAAUAUAUGAUGAUGGCAUUACUUCCCUCACUGCCACAAGAGUCGUGGGUUGCAUCCAGUUUACUACGGAAGACGAUUAUGUGCGGUGCCAUUUCAUGCAGUCCCAGUUUUUGGGAGGCACCAUGAUUAUUAUUAUUGGUGGAAUCAUCGUAGCCUCUGUGCUGGUUUUCAUCAUCAUUCUAAUGAUCCGGUAUAAGGUUUGUAACAAUAAUGGGCAACACAAGGUCACCAAGGUCAGCAACGUCUGCUCUCAAACUAAUGGGGCUCAAAUACAAGGCUGCAGUGUGACGCUGCCCCAGUCCAUGUCCAAACAAGCUGUGGGACACGAAGAGAAUGCCCAGUGUUUUAAAGUUGCCAAUGACAAUGUGAUACAAUGUUCAGAAACUUGUUCAAGUCAGGACUCCUCUACCACUACCUCUGCUUUGCCUCCUACCUGGACUUCAAGUACUUCUGUGUCCCAAAAGCAGAAAAGAAAGACUGGCACGAAGCCAAGUACCGAACCACAGAGUGAAGCUGUCACAAAUGUUGAGACCCAAAACACUAACAGGAACAACUCAACUGCCUUGCAGUUAGCUAGUCGACCUCCUGAUUCUGGCACAGAGGGACCCACAUCUAAAAGAGCACAUUCAAAGCCAAAUGCUUUGCCGACUAAUGUUGACCAGACUGUCCAGGAGACACAGAGGCCGGAGUUAAUCUGAAGAGCACCACUUCUCUCUCUCCUGAAAAAACUUGCCACUGAUAUUUUUACCAGACAAAAUUUAAAACUGUUUCAAUUCACAAAGGCUAAUUGUUGAACUGGUGUCCUAGAAGAAAUUGUCCACAGGAGCUGAAGCAGAAGUCUCUGAUGACGCGGAACUGGCUCUAUCAGACCAUGGUUAAUUCCCCUUUUAAAACCAAAAUUUUUUUUCUUCUGACCUACAAGUAUUUUCUUUUAAAGAAGGAAAGAAAAAAGCCUACAUUGGCAUCGAGUUCUGUAUCAAUCCAUGUUACAUUGCCAUCCAUGAUUUAAGACUGUAGAAUCUUGAAUAAUCUAUAUCACUUUAACAAAUAAAUGUUUUACUAUGACAGAA